AUUGAACAACUUCUCGUGGAUAGCUUCGAUGCGAUACGAAAAUACGAAAAUGUAAACAAAUGUAGCGCACGCGCAGCAGCAGCAAUAAUAAUAGGAAGCAAACAAACAAACACGAUACCAAAAAUAAUAAUACAAAAGGAAAUACUCUCACACACACUCGCUCUCAGUCUCUCUCUCUGUCUCUCUCUCGAGUGCUGCCAUAAAACUGGAUCUGACUGCCUUCCAGCUGGGGACCGAGCAGAAAGCUGCUCCCGCUGCUGCUGCUGCUGCGGCUGAGGCUGAGGCUGAGACUGCGACUGAGGCGACUGCUGCGACUCUCCUCGUGCUGUCGCUGCCUUCCAGUGGGGCCUGCUGCAGCAGACGGCCACAACAACGUCAGCAGUGCUGUCCUGCGAGUCCUGUCGUCCAGUCGUCCUGGCGUCCUGGCUGCUACCGCUCCACGUCCUCGUCGUAGUGCUGUAGUGUACAGUGUGUGCUGCUUCCGCGCUCGACACUCUACACUGGCAAAACUCAGGGAAUUUUUCCAAAAAACACACACACACUCACACACACACUAGCGCGCACAAAAUACACACACUCACGCACACCAAUACACAGACGUUUUGCGUUGCCAAAAAAGCAGAAAAAGCAAAUAUCUCUUCACAUGGCCUGGCCAAUAGUUGUUAGCAAAUUUCGAGGAAAUGCUGCGACAAACCUUAACCUCAAUGACAACGGCAGCAACUUCAACUGCAACUGCAACUGCAACACAACGUUGCCUGUUUAGUGUGGUGUUGUGUUAAUUGUUAUUUAUGUAUAUAUAAAUUUGUGUGAUAUUGCAACAACAACAAUGAGCAAAAGUUGUGCAAAUGCAAAAGCAUAGCAGCAAAUAGCUAGAGCGAGCGAUAGAGAGGAGCGCGACGCAGGAGACGGAAAGCGAAAGAGAUAAGGCAAGACGACGAGGAGAACUUUAAAUCGGCGCUGUCGGAUUCAAAAAGUUUCAGCAAAAAGUUCAAGCAAAAAGCAAAAAUUAAAAAAACAAAACACAAACAACGACAACAAACGGUUUUGCAAUAGCAGCAACAAACAAACAAAAAAACAUAAAUACAACAAAAUAAUAAGAAACAACAACAACAUUUAAAGGGGUCCAAUGUUGCAGCAAACAACAUGCAGCAAACAACAAUGGCAGCAACGACAGCUUAGAGCAACAACAACAACAACAGCGACAGCGACAGCAGAGUUAUCUGCAGCAACAACAACAACAGCGGCAACAGCAACAGCAAGUGCAACAACAACAGCUAAAGCUCAUAGCUAUAGCAACAACAGCAGCAAGAGCAGCUGCAAUAGCAGCAUAAGCAUUAGCAACAUUCGCUUUAGCAACAUGUUUCCAGCCGGAAGACAUGCAGCCAACAACAACAACAACAAUACAACAGCAACAGCAACAGCAACAACAACGAUAGAUUUCAAUAGUCGCAGGCGACGCGGACGACUACGAAACGUGCCCAAAUGUUGCCAAUUAGUGCCAGCAGCAGAUGCAAAUGUUGCUUAUACACCACAACAACAACAACAACUACAACAAGCAAAACAGAAACAGAAACAAGCAACAAACAAACACCAUGCAACAAAGCUUUUGUUAUCAAUAAUGUGCGCGUACAUUGUCGAUUGUGUAAAUAUUUUAAAACGCUUAGUAUUAUUAACAUUAAAUACAACAACAACAACUCCAAUAACAACCACAACAACAACAACAGCAGCAACUACAGCUGCAAGCAAAAAGAAAGAACAAACAACUGCAAGCAAACAUCAAGCCGCGAAGGCAAUUGGUGGGCGUGGCCAGGCAUUUAAUUGCACACUCGUGUUGCUGCUGCUCUGCUGCCUUCUGCUUCCCCUGCUGGGCAGUGUCCAGGGCCAUAAGCCCAAAACCGCCACACAGCACAAGCAACAACACCAACAACAUCAGCCGGCUCACAAUAACGAUGUGACGGUUAAUAAUAUGGGAGGCGUGGCCGGUGUACCGCCUACUUAUCAAGUGAAAUCAUCGCAAACAUCGAACGAGGAUGAGGGCGAAUUGCUCUACGACGAACAAAUGUUUGGCGAAGAGGAGGAAGAAGGUGCCCAACUCAACGCCGCGAACAGCGGCAACGGCGGCGACGGCAGCAGCGAUGAGGAUAAUGUGGCCAAUCAGCAUGGUAUCAAUGAAACUACAACCGACAAUUCAAACACCACGAAAACGCCAUUAUUUCCAAAAGAUCUAUUCACGAAAGAACAGCUCGAGAACGGCGCUGUCAUCCUGCACAUCAUCGGUGUUAUAUACAUGUUUGUGGCGCUGGCAAUUGUCUGCGAUGAAUUCUUCGUGCCUUCCCUUGACGUAAUCAUUGAAAAGCUCGGCAUCACUGACGAUGUUGCCGGCGCAACGUUUAUGGCUGCGGGUGGCAGUGCCCCGGAGCUCUUCACGAGUGUCAUUGGCGUUUUCGUGUCGUUCGAUGAUGUUGGCAUUGGUACGAUUGUUGGAUCGGCUGUCUUUAACAUACUCUUCGUGAUUGGGAUGUGUGCGCUAUUCUCAAGAACUGUAUUAUCGCUGACAUGGUGGCCAUUAUUCCGCGAUUGCUCAUUCUACAGCAUCAGUUUGCUGGUGUUGAUCUACUUUUUUCGCGACAAUCGCAUAUUCUGGUGGGAGGCGCUCAUCCUGUUCACCAUCUAUAUUGCCUAUGUGACCUUCAUGAAGUGGAACGUACAGGUGGAGCAUUGCGUCAAGAAGAUGAUUACCAAAAACAAGGUGACUCGCGUCAGAAGUACAGAUCAACUUAUGCCAGCAGGUAAUGCUGCCAACUCAUCGGAAACAUCAAUGGCCACCCAGCCGGGCGGUUCGGUAACAUCACGAGCGGCCAGCGAGACCCGUUCGGGUCCGGCCGGUACAAGCAAUGCGGGCGCUACAGGUAAUAGCAGUGGUGGGACUGCUGGUAGUACACAGACCGGUGCAAAAUUCCGUCAUGGCCUAUUACAGCUAAUGAUACACACGAUAGAUCCACUACACGAUGGCAAAGUGGACGAGAAGGCAACGCAGCUGCAUGCCAUCGCCUCGCUUAAAGUGCUGCUGGAUGCCACAAAGCCGCAACGAGGUGGCGCCACCACCUCAGCGGCCAAUCACGUCAAGAUCAAUCUCAAGGAAACUACGUUGGCCGAUCGUCCCAAUGGCAAUAUCGAUACCACACUUGACUCGCCAUCGUUAAGUGGUCGACGUCCUAGCUGGAUUGAGCAGAGGGUCAAAAUUCAGACACGCAAAUUUAGCAUCAAAGCGCCUGAAAUCGAGGACGAACCGGAGCCCCUCAGCAUGGCCUGGCCGGAUACGGCCCGUAAGCGUCUCACCUACGUCCUGGUCGCACCACUUCUGGUCCCAAUGUGGCUGACAUUGCCCGAUACGCGAACACCGCGCGGCAAACGCUUCUUUCCGGUCACCUUUAUAGGGUCCAUUGUGUGGAUAGCUGCCUUCUCCUAUCUGAUGGUCUGGUGGGCCAAUGUCGCUGGUGAUACAGCGCGCAUUCCACCCGAGGUAAUGGGUCUAACCUUCCUGGCAGCAGGAACAUCCAUACCGGAUUUGAUAACCUCAGUGAUUGUGGCACGCAAAGGCUUUGGCGAUAUGGCCGUGUCCAGUUCGGUGGGCAGCAACAUCUUCGAUGUGACUGUGGGCUUGCCGAUACCGUGGCUGCUAUAUGGGAUUAUCUACGACGCACCCGUUGAAGUGAACUCGGUGGGCAUGGUCUGUUCCAUUACCAUUUUGUUUAUGAUGCUCGUAUUUGUGGUGCUGUCAAUUGCCUGCUUCCGUUGGCGCAUGAACAAGGGUCUGGGCUUUACCAUGUUUCUGUUGUACUUUGUCUUUGUUGCUGUAUCGCUGAUGUUCGAAUAUGAUUUGAUCACAUGCCCCGUUUAAAGCGUCCAGCAUAAAGACAAAGAUCAUAAUACACAUAUUGCCGAGGGAUCCGUGCAAUAACCAAUUAGCUAAAUUUAUAUACAAAACAAAUUAAUGAAUUAAUUACGAACAACAAACCAAAACAAAAAACAAAAAACCAAAAAACAAAUACCAAUGAAUUAACAAAUGGACUAAGCUAACUAAUCGAAUUGUUAAACAAAAUGCAUAAAUCACAAAUACAACACAACAACAAAAAAACCAAAAACACUAAACGAAAUCCAAAACAAAACCAAGAAAAGUUAAUAACAACAAAAACAAACAAGAAACGAGUUAGUUAGUGCUAUACAUGCAGCGUUUUUUCCUUUUUCAACAAAAAUUACGAAAAAAAAAGAAAGAGACAUUUACUUUAAAUGUUUAGCAGCAGCUUUUUAAGCAAAACCAAAACCAAAUACUAUUUAAAAACAAGAUGAACAACAAAUUCAAAAAUCAAACACAAACUCUCUCUAUCUCUCUACUCAAACUAUGAACCUUACUAUCUUAUUCAUUGAUUACUUACUUACUAAUUAGACAAAACCAAACAAAAUGGAAAUGAAAAAAAAAAAACAAAAACAAAA